CCUUCCCGGUGCGCCCUGCUCUUCCUGGAUACGAAGCGCCGCGGCGGCCGCGUAGGCCCGCGGCGAACGAGAGGGGGUCCCCGGCGCGAGGGCUGGAGCCUGGGUCCGGGGUAUGUGCGACGCCCGGACCGGCCCUAUCGCGGGAGGCCCUGUCCCCGAAGGGCCCUCCUCCCCGGGCCCCUGCUCGAGCGGUCCCCAGGCCACUUCCCGCCUAGAACCAACUCCACUUGCUCGUGGUUGCUGGACUGGGAGGACUUACGGUCGUUGCGCCUCACGCUGAGCUGCCGGGCUCUCUGUGGACCCCGGGGAGAGGAGCUCCCCCCGCAGCGGCUCCCAGGGAGGCCCGUCUCUGGAGCACCGGAGGGAGCCCCGCUGGCGCCGGGGACAUGGAGGAGCUCCGGCGCUCCUACAGCCGGCUGUGCAAGGAGAGCGGGGCCGAGCCCCAGGAGGGUGUCCUACAGCAACUGCACGAGCUGCCGCGGGGCCGGCUGGACCUGGCCACACAGAGCCUGACGGUGGACACCUGCAGGGCCCUGGGCAAGCUGUUGCAGAAGGAGGCACUGCUGACCCAGCUCGUCCUGAGUGACUGCAUGCUGAGCGAGGAAGGGGCCACACUGCUGCUCCAGGGGCUGUGCACCAACACCACUGUGCGGUUUCUGGAUCUGAAGGGUAACAACCUUCGAGCCGCAGGGGCCGAGGCUCUGGGAAAACUCCUCCGACAGAGCAAGUCCAUUCAGAGCCUCACCCUGGAGUGGAACAACCUGGGCACGUGGGAAGACGCCUUCGCCACCUUUUGCAGGGCGCUGGCCAGCAACGGCAGCCUGCAGCAGCUGGACCUCCGCAACAACCAGAUCAGCCACAAGGGCGCAGAGGAGCUGGCCCUGGCCUUGAAGAGCAACGCCAGCCUCCAGCAGCUGGACCUGCGCUGGAAUAACAUCGGCCUCCUGGGAGGCCGGGCCCUGGUGAACUGUCUCCCCAGCAACAGAACCCUGUGGAGGCUGGAGCUGGCUGGGAACAGCGUCCCUGGCGACAUCCUCAGAGCUGUGGAACAAGCCAUGGACCACAACCAGGACCGGCAGACCACCUUCCGGGAGAACCAGGCCCGUGCCCAUGUGCUCAACAAGGAGAUGCGGCACCUCCGGGAAGAGAAGUCCAAGCAGUUUCUGGACUUGAUGGAGACAAUUGACAAGCAGCGAGAAGAAAUGGCCAGGAGCAGCAGGGCGUCAGCAGCACGUGUGGGGCAGCUUCAGGAAGCCCUGAAUGAGAGGCACUCCAUUAUCAAUGCCCUCAAGGCCAAGCUACAGAUGGCUGAGGCCACUCUGGCGCUGUCGGAGCAGAAGGCCCAGGACCUGGGGGAGCUCCUGGCCACUGCAGAACAGGAGCAGCGGAGCCUGGUGCAGAGGCAGGCAAAGGAGCACAGGCUGGAGCAGCAGGUGGGCAGGCAUGGGUCAGGCAGGGGCUGCAUGGUGGCAGGGGCUGGUGGUAUCCUUGCCCCUUCUCACCCCCAGGAAGCUGCAGAGCGGGAGUCUAAGCUCCUCAGAGACUUGUCGGCUGCCAACGAAAAGAACCUGCUUCUGCAAAGCCAGGUGGACGAGUUGGAGCGGAAGGUGAAAUCUCUGCAGGAGCAGCUGUUCCUGACCAGACAGGAGCUGACCAACACGUCGGCCGAGCUGAAGAUGCGGGCUGUCCAGGCCGAGGAGCGCCUGGACCUGGAGAAGAAGAGGUCUCGACAGAGCUUGGAGGACUCAGAGCAGCUGCGUUUCAAGGAGGUGGAGCACAUGACUCGCCACCUGGAAGAGAGUGAAAAGGCCAUGCAAGAGAGGGUGCAGAGGCUGGAGGCUGCGAGGCUGUCCCUGGAGGAGGAGCUGAGCCGAGUGAAGGCUGUGGCACUCAAUGAGCGUGGCCAGGCUGAGGAGGAGCUCAUUAAGGCCAAGAACCAAGUUCGUUUAGAGGAGCAGCAGCGCCUGGCUCACUUGGAGGAGAAGCUGCGGCUGCUGGCACAGGCGCGGGACGAGGCUCAGAGCACCUGCCUGCAGCAGAAGCAGACGGUGGCCGAUGCCCAGGCGCGAGCCAGCCAGCUCGGCCAGCAGGUGGAGGGCCUGAGGCGGCGCCUGGAGGAGCUGCAGCAGGAGCUGAGCAACAAGGACCAAGAAAGGGUGGCUGAGGUGACCAGGGUGAGAGUGGAGCUACAGGAGCAGAACGGCCGCCUGCAGGCCGAGCUGAUGGCCCAGGAAGCUCUGAAGGAGAAGGCCGCGGCCCUGGAGCGCCAGCUCAAAGUGAUGGCGAGUGACCACCGGGAGGCGCUGCUGGACAGGGAGAGCGAGAACGCCUGUCUCCGAGAGAAGCUUCGGCUCAAGGAGGCCGAGAUCACGCGGAUCCGGGACGAGGAGGCCCAGAGGGCCAGCUUCCUGCAAAAUGCUGUCUUGGCUUAUGUGCAGGGGUCUCCCUUGAGGGCCCUGAGCCCCCAGAAGUGAAGGGAGGCAGAGACACUGCAGGAGCCGCAGGAAGGUGGCAUGUGCGUGAUGGCCGUGUCCCAGCCCUGCCCGUCUCUUCCUGCCAAGGGACAGGCCCUCAGGCACGGUUGGCGGCUUAGGCAGGGUCUACAGCUGGUGACUUGGAAAAUCAGCACCAAGACCAACGGGCAAGUGGGACCACGGCAGCUUCCCACGGGCAGGCCUGGCUGCCCGGGCUCAGAGCCCGAAGGGCCAACAGGGCCCAAGCGGCUAGCGCCCCAGCCCCUUCCCGACUCUUCUCGUCCCCAUGGCAGGGACUGAUACGCCGGAGAAAAUGUACCCAUGAUGGAAAGGAGUGUGGGGGAGGGGAGCCGGAGCUCUCCUAGCUCCGGCCACGUGUCACCGCCGUGAAAUGGACGGUGAACGCACACUGACCGCUGCCCAGUCUGUUUGGAAAUACAAAACUUCUGCACUCUGUGAUA